AUGUGGUGGCGCUGCGUUCACGUGUACAUCGGCCUCUUCUUGGGACUUUCAGCCUUGCUUGUGCGCGCCGCACAAAGUCCGUCGGUGAAUGUCUCAACCUUUCCCAAUAUACCGGCGCAAAUCAAGUACUUUGAAGAUUCUAGUGUGGUGUUAUGGCAUGAUUCUAUCGAUGGAAUUGUGUAUAGGAGUGCUGACGAAGGCAUGACCUGGGCACCUGUUUCAGGGCCUCCAAUGGGACACGCUUACAUGUUGAUCCUACAUCCCUAUGAGCCGUCGCAAGCAUUUAUUCUCUCGAAUGGAAACGAUCACUGGCGCUCGGUGAAUCGUGGUGAGUCUUGGCAACGGUUCUCGACGCCUGAUCCUCCCUCCCUUUCGGGCGUGUCUCCCCUUGAUUUCCAUGCCGAUCCUCAGCACAAGGAUUGGAUCUUGUACAUCGGACGACGCUGUAGCGCGUGGUUCUUUCGCACCGUGUGUCAGGAUGCAGCGUAUUAUACAACCGAUGGAUUUGCAUCGGAUGCCAAGCUGCUGCUGGACCUUGUCGACCAAUGCCACUGGGCGAAAAUGACACCUGAGGUGGCUGUCGCGCCUCAAGCGAUGCAGCGCAUUCUAUGCAUUGCUUGGGAUGAAAGCGCCAAGGUGCCGCCAUUAGCACAUCGCACUGGUCUCGAUGCGGGCUCUGGAGCUAUCCCAUCGACGGUCGGCCGUGCUGUACCGCCAGCGGCGAGAGCCUCAUCCUGGAUGACAGGCAUGGAAAAACGCGAUGUUCGCCAAAGCCGGCUGUUCAUGAGCGACGACCUAUUUAACACACGCAUCCCUGUGUCGUUGGAGGGUCGAUUGGAACCGCGUGGGUUCCUAAACAUGGGUAAGUCGGGUGAAUUCCUGGUCGCUGCCCUGAGUGAUGCGCAGUCAAGCACGCCUGGCGAGCUUCGGCUGUAUGUGAGCCGUGAUGCUGAGCGCUGGACACAGGCACAGUUCCCGCAUGCACCGCUUGCGCACGAGACUGGGUACACGAUCCUAGAGGGGCCGCAGCACCGCCUGCUGGUCGACAUGCUGGACCAGACUAGCCGCACAUCUGCUCUGUUCAUGAGCGACAGCACAGGAACGAACUUUUCGUCCAGCAUUGUACAUACGCAACGAAACGCCGAUGGCAUUAUUGACUACGAGCACCUUACGAACAUGGAGGGUGCGGCGAUUGUCAACGUCAAAGUAGAGGGCGCUUUGGAUCGCGUACAGACGCGGAUCACGCAUGACGAGGGUGCAUCCUGGACACCUCUUCAGCCGCCCAGCACGGAUGUGGAUGGCCGCCUCACUGGGUGCAAGUUUCAGCCGCCGUCUUCGUCAUGCGCACUGCACUUGCAUGCCGUGCUCUCGAUUCGAAACCUGGGGCACGUGUUCUCCUCGACGGCGCCUGGGCUCGUGAUGGGGGUGGGGUCGAUUGGAGAUCGCUUGCGCCCAUAUGCCGAAUGCGAUACGUUCCUCAGCACGGAUGCAGGACUCACUUGGCGCAUGGUCGCGCGGCAUCCCCACCGGCACACGUUUGCCGACCAGGGCGGCUUGCUCGUCAUGGCCGAGGAUGCAUCGAGCGUAGACACUCUCUUGUACUCAUUUGAUUAUGGGUCCACAUGGACGAAGCUGCCGCUUCCCAUGCCGAUUGAGCCGGUUGUGCUGACGACGGCACCUGAUGGAACGGCGCUCAAACUCCUGCUGAUGGGCUCACGUCCGCGGGGCACAGCGUCACUCAAGGAGCGCCACGUCGCGAUCUUCCUCGACUUUGCCGGCUUGUCGAAGCGCAAGUGCGCGGCGUCUGACUUUGAAAAGUUCUACCCAGCCACACCCCACAGCUCUUGCCUGUUUGGCCAUCGCCAGUGGUACAUGCGACGCAAGCCCCAGGCUGACUGUUUCGUGCGCGACAAGUUCCACGAGCCGAAGGGUCAUGAUGAGCCUUGCGCUUGUACCAGGGCCGACUACGAAUGUGAUAUGGGCUUUGUGCGAGAGCAGGGCGAGUGCAGGCUCAAGAUCAAGCUGCCGGUGCCGCCGGGCGAGUGUGUGCGUGGUGCCAAGACGUUCAAGGGCCCAUCCGGCUACCGAAAGAUUCCCGGAAACACGUGCGAGCCUGAUCCAAAGCAUGGCACGCCGGCUCUGGAUGCACCCAUCGACCGGCCCUGCACGGAUGCUGUGCCGGCGGCUGGCAGCGUGUCGCAUGUCAAAUUCGAAUUUCCCUCGCGUGUUGCCGACAUCCUGCACUUCCCCGCGUCUCCACGGAUCUUGGCGCGUCUGUAUAGUGGCGACGUGUACCAAUCGACGGACGACGGCAGCUCAUGGCAUGCGCUAGACCUUCGUGUGCCUGGCCAUCGCGCGAGCUCUGUGCUCCAGCUCGUCCAACAUCCUCAUGAUAAGCAACGCGCGUACCUGAUCACUCAGGGCAAAGUCGUGCAUUAUACACGCGAUGGCGGCGUGCAUUGGAAGUGGUUUGAGGCGCCCAUCGAGGCGAAUGGCGUUGGCUUUGAUACCAUGGGCUUCCAUGCGCAGCAUCCAUCAUGGGUCCUUUGGACUGGCAGCCGCGACUGUCUCGGCGACUCGCACGCAUGUCAAACGGAGUUGUGGUACACCAAAGACGAGCGGUACGUGGACUGGCGGCGUGCCGCAACCCACGUGCGCAAGUGUGCAUUCCUUCGAGCCACGAUGGACUUUACCGGUGGCGAUCGCGACGUCGUUUGUGAGCUGGAGGAGGCGCCCGAGACGCAGAACCACCGAGGCCGCGGCUCUAAGCUGCUGCCUGGUCAGCGGUCGACGCCGCGGCAAGUGAACCUUGUGGUUGGCGGCGAGUUCUUCACUCGCGGGCGUCGCGUCGUCAUGCCCGACAUCCUUGGCUUUUCCGUGUUUUCGCAGUACAUGCUUGUGGCGAAGCUGACGCGCGCCGAUUCGUCAGCUGUGCCUUCCUCCCCAUCGUCAGCAGGCUCUGUGUCAUCUUCACUCCACAUGCACGUUUCCAUGGAUGCACAUACUUUUGCGCCCAUUAGCCUGCCCCCGAUGCUGGACCUGGCGCACUCUGCCUACACCGUGCUAGACUCGGUGACGCGUGCUGUGUUUUUGCACGUAACGACGACGCGCGCGCACGCACGCGCGCAGUGGGGCGACAUCAUCAAGAGCAACUCGAACGGGACGUACUUUGCCCUGUCGUUACCGAAUGUGAAUCGGAACGCGCAGGGAUUUGUUGACUUUGAAAAGAUGCAAGGAUUGGAUGGCAUCGCCUUCGCGAACGUCGUCGCCAACACGGACGACGCAAGCGUCUCGGGCGUCAAAGAGCUGCGCACUGUCAUCACACACAACGACGGCGGUUCAUGGAAUCCCAUUACCAUGCCCUCGCAUGACUCGCUCGGCGCACCGUACGCGUGCGAUCAUGUCGGCUGUAACUUGCACUUGCGCAAUCUGCUGGAGCGACCCAACUUGCGCGUCACACUGACGAGUCCCUCGGCCACGGGCUUUAUGCUUGCGACAGGCAGUGUCGGUCGGAGUUUGAAGCCCUACGAGGAAUGCGAUACCUUCUUUACUCGUGACGGCGGAUUCUCUUGGGAAGAAAUGCGCAAAGGCACGCACCUGUGGGAAUUCGGCGAUCAUGGCUCCGUGAUCGUGCUCGUCGAUGACACCCAGCCGACGGACUCCGUCGAAUACACUCUGGAUCAGGGCCUUACAUGGCAUGUGUACCACUUUGGCGAGCGCAUGCAUGUGCACAUGAUCGACACUGUGCCGGAAGACACGAAACGCAAGUUUGUGCUGCUUGGCGAGGCAGCUGGCCGCUCCAUGGCCGUCUUCCUGGACUUUUCUCACGUGCUUUCUCGUGCGUGUGAGUGGGAUGCCAAAGAUGAAGUACGCAGUGAUUUCGAAAAGUGGAGUCCGAGCCAGCAGCGGGCUGAGCCGUGCUUGUUCGGCCAGCAGACAUGGCUCUGGCGCCGCAAGCGCGAUCGCAUCUGCUACGUAGGCGAUGUCAUGCCGCAACAAAGCGUAGAAAAGACGCCUUGCACUUGCAGCGCAGCAGACUUUGAAUGUGAAUUCAACCACUUCCGCAAUGCGACAACGGGCGUCUGUGUCCCCUAUGCCGGCGUAUCGGCGCCUGUAUCUCCCACGCAGGACGACCACGAUACGCAAUGUGCACGCGAUGCUCCUGACUACGAUGGAUUCUGGUAUGAGCGCACCAAUGUUCGCAAGAUUCCCUUGUCGCGCUGCUUGGGAGGAGAGCGCCCUGAUCGUGGACGCAGGCAUCGCUGUCGCUCGCGCUACGGCAUUGGCACUGUGCUUUGGUACCUCGUGUUUGUGCCGUGCUUGUUGUUGGGCAGUUGGAUGGGCGUCUCGUGGCUUCUGAUGCAGCGUGAGCGCGGCACGAUCACUCUUCCAGAACUUGAACAUAUCCCGAUUGUCCACCAUGCCAUGUCUCACGCAGAGUCUGGUAUUCAUGUUGCUCGUGGAUAUGUCAGCAUGAUUUGGGCCAAUAUCUUAGCUUUCUUGCAUGACAUGCCCAUCACACGCGACAUUCUGCGUCGUUCCGAACGUCCGUUCUCUCACUACCAUAUGCUCUCUACGGACGAGGAUGCUGAAAUUUUACAAGGAUACGAUGCGAGCGACAUAGAAGAAUAA